AUGAUUCCGUGGAAAGAGGUGGAAAAUCAUGAAGACGCUUGUGAUAAAAAGACGAUUAAAUACCAUUUCCACACAAAAUGGAGAAACAACAAUAGUUCCAUUGGUUAUUUCAAAAUAAUUAUUGAUCUUGCUAGUUUGAAACCUCAUUUUGGUGAUACUACCCAGAUCAGAUACAGCAUAACAAUAGUCUCGAAGAAUGAAUAUAAGGAUAACAACAAAGCGAGCGAUACUGCAACAGUAGUAGACAUUCCGAAGAAUGAUAUGAACAUCGUUGAUGAAUCUUUAGAAAAGCUUAAAAAGCAAUUACAGUGUCCCAUAUGCAUGGAGUACAUGAUCGGUAAAAUUUAUAACUGUGAAAAAGGGCAUGUAUUGUGCGACACCUGCAAACUCCAACUGACUGAAUGUCCUUCUUGUCGAGCAAGUCUUGGAGAAUCCAGAAGUUUUCCUUUGGAGAGUUUGGCUGAUGAAGUAGUGCUAGCUUGUGUGUUUUCCAUAAACGGUUGUAAGUUCACUGGAAAACUGAAAUUGCUUUCUCCACACGAGAAAGAAUGUGUACAUAAACAGAAGACUCAUUAA